AUCGCGAGUCGUGCGCGUGGGAAGGUCCUCCCCCGGUCCUCCGGGUCAUCUUUGCUCCCGAGGAGCGGCAUAUUUCGCAUCUGCCUGAGGUUAGAGUUACUUGUUAUUGGUAAAUAGCCACUAUGGAGACUAAGGACCAGAAGAAACACAGAAAGAAAAACAGUGGACCCAAAGCUGCAAAGAAAAAGAAGUGGCAUCUGCAGGAUCUCCAGCUAGGAGACGAAGAAAAUGCCCAGAAGAGAAAUGCCAGUGCUUUUGCAGUUCAGUCUGCUGUGUGGAUGUCUCGAUCCUUUCACAGGACUCUGGAUUUGAAGACACAAAAGCAUCAUAUUCCAGUGGUUGAUGGAACUCCACUAGAGCCGCCACCAAUAGUGGUAGUGGUGAUGGGGCCUCCAAAGUUGGAAAGAGCACUUUGAUAUAAUGCCUCAUUCGGAACUUCACCUGGCAGAAGUUCACCGAGAUCAGAGGCCCUGUGACGAUCGUGUCAGGUAAAAAGUGCAGACUCACCAUUAUUGAAUGUGGGUGUGACAUUAACAUGAUGAUUGAUCUGGCUAAAGUAGCAGAUGAUCUGGUACUGAUGCUUAUAGAUGCCAGCUUUGGGUUUGAAAUGGAAAUGUUUGAGUUUCUAAACAUCUGUCAAGCACAUGGCUUUCCUAAAAUUCUGGGAGUUCUCACCCACCUCGACUCCUUCAAGCAUAACAAGCAACUGAAGAAGACAAAGAAGCGAUUAAAACACAGGUUCUGGACAGAAGUUUACCAGGUUGCCAAACUGUUCUACCUUUCUGGAAUGGUGCAUGGAGAAUAUCAAAACCAAGAAAUCCACAAUCUGGGCCACUUUAUUACAGUUAUGAAGUUUAGGCCUCUCAUGGCAAACUUUUCACCCUUAUAUCCUGGCAGACAGGACAAGGUGGGGCUCACCCAUGAGCUGGUCCAGAGUCUCAUCUCCACCUACUCCACCAUUGAUGCCAAGAUGGCUUCAAGUCGAGUGAUGCUGCUUUCCAAUUCCAAACCACUUGGGUCAGAGGCUAUAGAUAAUCAAGGGGACGAGUUCUCACUAUGUUGCCUAGGCUGGUCUCGAACUCCUGGGCUCAAGCAAUCCUCCCGACUUGGCCUCCCAAAAUCCUGGGAUUACAUAUGUGAGCCACUAUGCCUGGCCUGUUAUUCCUGUAUUCUAACUUAUCCAUCCCUUAUGUACUGGAGGCUGAGAAGUGCAAGAUCAAGGUGCCGGCAGUCUUGGUGUCUGGUGAAGGCCUGCUUUCUCAUAGAGGCUUCCUUCUUGCUGUGUCUUCACAUGGUGAGUGGUGUCAUUGAGCAAACACAAAGUCGGGCUCAUCCAAGGAUGAGAUUUUGCCAGAGAAAGGACGAGCAGCAAGUCAGGGAGCUUAAGGUGGUGGAAAGGAAAUCCCUCACAGCAACUGGCACCAUAAUCAAGACAAUGUUUGCAGAAUAAAUGGAGUUACCUGCUUUCAGCCCCGGGUCGUAGCUAUUGUCUGCCCUGCUGAUAUGUGAUAAUAAUUUGUGAUCCUGUUGUCUUAAAAUGGGGUCACUCAUCUCCAGUAGAAUUAAGUCCACAGUGAAGUUGUCCCCCCAUCCCCAAAGAGAUAAACAUAUAUGAAUGAACUCACGUGAUAACAACUACUGCUGCCUGGGAUCGUGAGAGACCUGAACUGAACUGAUAGGAAGUGAAAGGUGGCUGAGAUAAUGAGAAUAGACCCAUCUGCAGAGGAUCAUAAAACCAGCAAAGACAAGAUCUUGUCUAAGAUGCCUUCACAAACUUUGUCUGUGAGAACUCUUAAGGAUUUCACCAGACCUGUUGGCUGCUGCUGUGAUCUCUGCCCAAGAGGAGCCUCUGACCAACAUCCAAAGGGCUUCUGGACCCACUGGACUCCUCUGUAGGUACCUUGGUCUCCCGAUCCAUGGCUGUGUUUUUUUACUCCCUUUAUCGCUGCCUGUGUGUAGAAUGAUAAUUGCACAAUUGAUAGUGUGAAGACCUCUUGAUAAAUGGUAAAUCUGAGCGUAUGUAUUUGGCUGACAUGUUAUUGUGAAACCUCACAGCUUCAGUCAGUGUCAACGCAGCUAGGGAGCAUGUGCCUAAUGCACAUAUCACUGGGCAUAGUCUACAGGCACCUAAUAACUCAGGUACCUUAACAGUCACUAAUGAGUGUCUCUCCAAGGACUAAACAAUGGAAGACUGGAGAAGAUGCUAUUCAUUAAGAUAUCUCAAGAAUAUGGAAGACACUUACUCGCUUCUCAUGGGACAGGACUUUAUAGGGCACCUGAAAAAACUCCCAUGAAAAAUCACUUUUACAAAAUGUCAAGUUAUGAUAUCCAAGAUGAAACCAAUGAGUCACAACAUUCACAUAAUACACUGUACAACCCUGAUCUCUUGACUGUCAUGAAAUGUUUCUUACCUCUAAACCAAAGUUUCAUUUUAUAAUUUAAUUUUUCUCAUUUUUUCUGUUCUCUUAGCUUAAGAAAAGAUCAUUACAAACUUUUUGUAAGUUUUUCAUAUAUGCUUGCAAAGGGUUGUAAAACUUUAUUGUGAUUAUUCUUGCUUUAAGCUGAAACUUCCCUAAUCUUUCUUUAGAGAUUGUGGCAUAGCAUGUUAGUUUCUUUUCCAUAUCCAAUUGUUUUCUGUAAUGAAUACAGAAAUACAGGCACUAUCUUGUAACUUUAAAUAGACAUCAUCUCAAGUCUACAACAAUUAUCCAAAAUGGUAUUUAAUGACAUUUCUAGGUCUUCAGACACUAUUAAUGCAGAUUGUAGCCUCUAGGUCCUGAAGAUUUUACUAGAUACUGGUUACUGAAACUGAGCUUUCUUGAAUUCUUUUUCCUUCCACUGUGGUUUCCCGCAUUUCAACAUAUCACCUAUUUUUGUCCUCAAAGGUUACUUAAAUUUUUUCCACAGAAUUAAAUUAAAUAUGAAUCAUCCCUCCUCUGAUUUUUGAAAUGACCCUUUGCUUCCUAUGAUAAUGAUUCUUCUGGUCCGUUUUGUAGGUAUAUGUUAGAGUUUGUAAAUAGUCACACAUUUUGCAACUGCAUAUAAUUUUCUUAUUAUUUUUUCCUCUUCCUCUAAAACUGCUGUUAUUUCUUUUAACUUUUUGUGGGAAAAAUUAAACCCAUCUUUCACUUUGUUGAUAUACUUAUUUAUAAUUGAACUCCUUGAUUUUUGUUCGAAUUGCUUUUCAAGUUACCCACUUUUAGGGAAGACAUUAUUUGGGUUUUGUUUAGUGUAUCAGGCUUUUUUUAGUUAGUUGUAUCAAGAAGUGUAGACUUUUCUAUACAUAAUAUCCUUUUUCCCACAGUAUUUUUUUUUUUUUUUUUAAGUCUAGCCGGGUGCAGUGGCUCAUGCCUGUAAUCCCAGACUUUGGGAGGCCGAGGCAGGCGGGUCACAAAGUCAAGAGAUGGAGACCAUCCUGGCUAACACGUUGAAACCCCAUCUUUACUAAAAAUACAAAAAAUUAGCUGGACAUGGUAACGGGUGCCUGUAGUCCCAGCUAAUCAGGAGGCUGAGGCAGGAGAAUGGCAUGAACCCAGGAGGCAGAGGUUGCAGUGAGCCGAGAUCGUGCCACUGCACUGCAGCCUGGGUGACAGAGCAAGACUCCAUCUCAAAAAAAAAAAAAAAAUUCUGUUAAAAUAAAGGUCAUCAAAAGAUAUUUUCCUAAACCUUUCCUUUACCAGAAAUAUCUCUAGUGUCACAUGGUCCUUUCUCCCUUCUUGCUUUUGUAGGAAUCCAAAGCUAAUCUGUCCCUGAUCCGGAUUGCACGCACCUGUGCCUUUUGGGGCCCUUCUGCAUUAGUUCUUCCUUCUCUUCUAACCUCAAAAAUGUGUUUUCUCUGUUGGCUCUUUCCCUUUAACAUAGAAGUAUACUCACGCUUUUGUUGAAUCUUGAAAUAAAAGGCUUCCUUUACCACAUAUCUCCCUUUAAUACUACAUCUCUCUUCUCAGCCAAAUACUUGGGAAGAGAAGCCCUGAGUUUGUGUCAUUGUUUUCUCACCUCCAGUUCACUACUUUACCCACUGCCUGACAUCCAGCUCGCUCACACACAUACACAAGCCCAAUCACUAAGUUGCCAUAGCUAAUUUGUAGCUUUUCUGCCUUCCUGGCAAAAUUUGACUCUGCAUUGGGAUAAUACAUGUCGAGUACCUAUUGAACAGGCACUGUGCUAGGUGCUACUGUUAUAGAUGUGAAAAGAAGGCAUCAUCUCCUUUCUAACAACUCACAGGAGCAGCCAUUCCUGAUUCAUACAUGUCUCUUGACUCCCAGUGCUCACUUUUGCAAGCUUCACUUAAUGCCGUGUAAAUCACCCUAUUCUCCAGGUCUUCUUUCUUCCCAGUUCUCCUUACUAUACACAACUUCUCAAGGCAGUCACCUCCACACCCAUGGCUUCAAUUGCUUUCUCCAUUCUCUGAGAACAAUAGAAUUUUAAAUGGUUUUUUUCCACAUAUUAGCUUUAUUUUAUACAAGGUGCCUCACUUGCUGUAACCAUAGAUUCAAAGUUGCUCCAUGAAAGUAAUAAAUGAAAAAUGGUGAUUUUUUAGCAUGUAAAUUUUAGGAAAUUUCCCCAGUUACGCUUAAUGGCUUGAUUUAGUGUGUAUGUUAUUUUUGAAAACAUAUGUUGGGAUGUCACAAAUGGACUUAGCCUACAGAGAUUUAUAUUCAACUUUUGAGCAGAGAGUUCCAUUUUAAUGUGACACUGAGAGUAAAAAACUAUCUUUUCUUCCUUACCUAUUUCUCUUCCUACAUUCUCGGCCAGGAGGAAGGCACUGCUACACACCCAGUCUUCCCCAGCAGAGCCUGAGCAGCUCUGUUUUCCUUCUACUUCCCCUCUUCUUUCACAUCUCAUGACCAAACACUUCCUAUUCUGUCUCCCAAAUGAUCACAGACUUUUUCCUCCACUUUUGUCACUGCCACUGCCCUUAGCAUUACUCUGCCUUUAGAGAAAGUCUCUUAAUUGGUUGGGUUGCUUCCUUCAGUCUUUAUUAUACAGACCACUACACGCACAUCUGACAGAGACUUUUCACCUUUUUAUGGUUGAAUGACUGAAAUUCCCAGAAUAAAAUUAAAACCACCCCAGCAUCAAAUUUGAGGUCAAAUAGAGGUGGGUUUGUAUCCCAGGUUCAUAUACUGUCCAGCAGUAUGGUCUGAGAAAACUGACCUCCUUAAGCCUUUGUUUGUGUAUCUGCCUACACUCAUUGAGAGUUGGGACUAUUUCACACAUACAGUGCCUGGCAUGUAGAAGGGACUUAAUCAAUGUUGAAAGAAGGGGAGGCAUUUUAAAAUUCACAUCAAAAAAAUGUUGUUCUGUUCGGGAGUGGUGGCUCAUGCCCGCAAUCCCAGCACUUUGGGAGGCCAAGGCAGGUGGAUCACCUGAGGUCAGGAGUUCGAGAUCAACCUGAACAACAUGGUGAAGCCCCAUCUCUACUAAAAAUACAAACAUUAGCUGAGCAUGGGGGCGGGAUCCUGUAAUCCCAGCUACUUGGGAGGCUUAGGCACUUGAAUGAGAAUCACUUGGACCCAGGAGGUGGAGGUUGCAGUGAGCAAUGAUUGUGCCACUGCCUGGGCAAUAGAGUGAGGCUCUGUCUCAAAAAAAAAAAAUAAAAAGUAAAAAAAUUCUUUUAAAAAUAUACGAAUCUGGCUGGGCAUGAUGGCGCAUGCCUGUAGUCCUAGCACUUUGGGAGGCUGAGGCGGGCCUGACCAACAUGGAGAAACCCCGUCUCUAAGAAAAAUACAAAAUUAGCAGGGCAUGGUGAUGCAUGCCUGCAAUCCCAGCUACUUGGGAGGCUGAGGCAGGAGAAUCGCUUGAGCUCGGGAGGCGGAGGUUGCAGUAAGCCAAGAUCACACCAUUGCACUCCAGCCUGGGCAACAAGAAUGAAACUCCGUCUCAAAAAAAAAAAAAAAAAAAAUAGUGUUCAGCAAGGUUGAAGCAUAAAAGGUUAAUAGCCAGAAUCAUUUAUCAAUUGUAUUUCUAUACAUCUACAAGACACAAUCUGAAAAUGAAAUUAGAGAAACAAUUUCACUGGGCAACAAGAGCAAAACUUCGUCUCAAAAUAAUAAUAAUAAUAAUAAUCAUCAUCAUCAUCAUCAUCAUCAUCUACAAUGUCAUUUCCCAUCCAAGCUUGACUUCUGCCUUUACUUUCUGAUAUGGUUUUGCCAUGUCCCCACCCAAAUCUCAUCAUGAAUUAUAAUCCCCAUAAUCCUGAUGUGUCGAGGGAGGGGCCUAGGGGGAGGUGAUUGGAUCACGGGGGCAGUUAUCCUCAUGCUGUUCUUGUGAUAUUCAGUAAGUCCUCAUGAGAUCUUAUAGGGUUUUGUUUUGUUUUGUUUUUUGGGAUGGAGUCUUGCUCUGUUGUCCAGGCAGGAGUGCCAUGGCACGAUCUUGGCUCACUGCAGUCUCUGCCUCUUGAGUUCCAGUGAUUCUCCUGCCUCAGCCUCCUGAGUAGCUGGGAUUACAGGCAUGCACCACCACACCCAGCUAAUUUGUGUAUUUUUAGUAGAGACAGGAUUUCACUACAUUCGCUAGGCUGGUCUCAAACUCCUGACCUCAGUUGAUCCACCUGCCUUGGCCUCCCAAAGUACUCGGGUUACAAGUGUGAGCCACCGUGCCCAGCUGAGAUCUGAUGGUUUUAUACAUGUUUGACAGUUGCUCCUUCACAUGUUCCCACUCUCUUUGCGGCCACCAUGUAACUUGGACCUGCCCUUCUGCCAUGAUUGUAAGUUUCCUGAAGGACUUCCCCCUCUGCCAUGAUUGUAAGUUUCCUGAGGCCUCCCCAGCCAUGUGAAACUGAGUCAAUUAAACCUCUUUCCUUUAAAAAUUA